UGUGCAGACGAGGGAGGUUACUCUGAGUGGACUAAGGAGAAAAAAUAAUAUCAGUUUAAAGAUCUGUCAUUUCCCUCAUUCAAAACAUAUGACAGGAAAUGUGUUACAUAUCCGGGAAAAUUGAAAUUUACAUUGAACAUAUUCAUUUAUUUCAACGUAUUUUGUCUUCCCCGAAGAGAAUCCGGAUGUGAUUUUCAAAUUUUGAUUUUUAUGAUAAAAAAAUAUGGAUUCAGGCAUUGAAACUUCUCCUAUCCCGUCUUUUGAGCCUUCAAAACAGGCUGAAUUGAAACCAGAGGAUAAAAGUUCUGGAGAUAAACUAAAAAGCGAUGACAGUGAGGAUCCAGUAAGGAUAUCGGUGUAUGAUAGCAACUCGGAGGCUGAUGAAAAUGAUGACAAAGAGUUUCUCAUUCCAGAUCCUGUACCAAACAGGGGUUUUGCAAAUGAAGGGGCAGUGCCAGUUUCCCAGUAUGGCUCUAUUCAGGCUGGGCAUACAAGGGUGUCAUCAAGCACUACUGGUUCAUCUUAUGACAAUAAUGAAAACCUGUGUUUGUUGCAAGCUCAAGUGUUCCUGGAAGAUGCAGCCAUGUACCGGUCUAUAGAUCAUAAAGUAGACUUCAAGUCUCUGAAGGUGUACCAGUUCUAUCACUCAAAGCCAUUCUCUUUAUUAAGAAGUUUUGUGAUACUAGUUCUUCAUAUGUUGGCAUUUUUUGAAUUUCCAUCUUCUCUAACAUGGACGUCAGACAUACGCACGAGGGAUGAAAGAGUGGAAUUUCCUUGUGGAGUCACUGAGACUUUAGAAUUAUUUUGUUUAGUUUUCUUAAUUGCAGACAUAUUUAUGAAGUCUCGUAUCUAUGGAAACCGGUAUCUACUGACAAACAGAUGGUUGUUAGUAGCUGAGUUUAUUCUAGUGGUGUCAUUAACAGACUGGAUAGUGUCAUUAUCUAUGGGUUGUAAAGAGGUGGUUCGUGUAAGAAGAAUGUUGCGUCCUGUAUUUAUUAUACAAAACUCUUCUCUGAUGAAGAAAAUACUCAACUGUCUGAGGAAAACUUUAUCUCAGAUUCUAGGUGUGCUGCUACUGAUGGCAUUACACCUGUAUAUAUUUACACUAUUUGGAAUGCUGUUAUUUCCCAAGCAAGGUUCCACAGAUGCCUCAGUAAUUGAUGAUGGUCUUGAUAUUGAAGGUUCCCCUGGCAGCCAAAGUGGAAAUGGUACCCAGGGUCACUCGGAGUCCGAGUAUUUCCGAACAUUGACAGAUUCCUUCAUGAGUUUAUUGGUGCUUCUGACUACUGCAGAUAAUCCAGAUGUGACAUUACCAGCCUAUAACAGGAACAGAUUGUAUGCCGUAUUCUUUAUUGUAUUUCUUAUCAUUGGUUUAUAUUGCUUCAUGAACAUGUUGACUGCCAUCAUAUACAAUCAAUUCAGAGGAUAUUUUCUGAAUUCCAUGCAGAGCAGUUUGAUGAGACGUAGACUUGGACAGAGAGCAGCUUUUGAAGCCCUGAAGAACAAAACAGUGCCAAUGAAUCAGUCGUCUAUAGAGAUAAAUGAGUUAUUUGAUGUUCUCAAUGAUGGUGUGAAUGUACGAGACUUGAAACUUGUUGUAUCUAGAGCUAAAAUAUCAGAGGAGAUGAAAGUAAUACUAGUUGAUGUAAGUGGACAUAUAUCUUCUUUAACAUGGUUUUUUUUACUUUUUGAGUUGGCAACACAGUAUGACAAGUCUCUCAACUCCAGUCAGUCUACUUUAAGGAUCAUCAAUUUUCUGUUCAUCAUAUACUACGUAGUGGAGCAAAGUCUCAUUAUACUGUGUAUGGGUUGGAGAAGAUAUCGGUAUAGCUGGGCUAACUUAUAUGAUGGUGCUAUUGUUGUUAUAUUGCUUCUGAGUGAAUUGAUUACAGUUGCCAUGUACGGAUUUCCAUUCUUCAGUCAGAAAGAGACUCACGGGAAUUUUACAUUGUGGAACAUUGUCAGAGUGAUAAAUAUUCUCAUUAUGUUCAGAUUACUGCGUGUUAUAUGGCAUAUAAAGACUAUGGCAAUAGUGGCACAUACUUUAUUAGAUCUUGUGAAGAAUCUGAAAUCGUUUGGAGGAAUCCUUAUUGUGAUAUAUUAUUUUUUUGCAAUACUUGGUAUGGAACUGUUCCAGGACAAAAUAACAUUCCCAACUGACAAAGGCAAUGCCAGUCAGAGUGUGUGUGGAACAUAUGAACAGUUGAAUUACUGGGCAAACAACUUUGAUGAUUUUGCUGCAGCCAUUGUAGUGUUAUGGGAUGUAAUGGUCGUAAACAAUUGGUUUGUGUUCCUAGAUGCAUAUGCCAAAUAUACCACAAAGUGGUCAUAUUUAUAUUUUAUUGUGUGGUGGCUUACAUCAGUAGUGAUUGUCCUCAACUUAUUCACAGCUCUCAUUCUAGAGAAUUUCAUAAUGAAGUGGGAUAAAUUUCACACUCCAGCACAGCCUGUACAGAGGCGGCGAACUUGGUCAAACUCAUUGAGUAUCAAUACUCUUACAGUACAUGACAUAUUCAAAUCCAACCUGAAGGAACCAACAGAAGAGGAUAUUUUGCAGAACAUGUCGAAGUUGAACUACUUUAAUGUUCAAACAUAGACUAUUACUGUCUCUUAUUUUUGUUAUUGUACAAGAAAAUGUGCUUAUUAUCAGGAUAUGGAAUACGGCAAACAGAAGAAGAAAUUUCAUGUCACUGCAGUGCAAUUUUGUACUCCACAAUAAUUAUUACCUGUGUAAACUGACGCUGUGUACAAUAAUAUUGCAGUGCAUAUUAUGACACAAGUAUAACUAUCAUUUUUGUGAAAAAUGAGAUGUUUGGAAAUUAUUUUGUAUAAAAAAUAAAUUUAUAAGCAUGUAAUGGUAUAUAAAAUAAUGGAACAUUGGGACUAUUUUGUUGGUAUUUAUCACUUUGUUGCUUGUUUAAGCCCCAUAUAAUGCUUCGACUUUGGUCUGUGAUAAUACUGGAGUUGGGAUUUCAAGACAUACCUGUGUGCAGUAAACUUCUAUAAUUCUUAGCUCACCUGUCACAAAGUGACAAGGUGAGCUUUUGUGAUCGCACGGUGUCCGUCGUCCGUCCGUCCGUGUGUGCGUCCGUAAACUUUUGCUUGUGACCACUCUAGAGGUCACAUUUUUCAUGGGAUCUUUAUGAAAGUUUGUCAGAAUGUUCAUCUUGAUGAUGUCUAGGUCAAGUUCGAAACUGGGUCACGUGCCAUCAAAAACUAGGUCAGUAGGUCUAAAAAUAGAAAAAACCUUGUGACCUCUCUAGAGGCCAUAUAUUUCAUGAGAUCAUCAUGAAAUUUGGUCAGAAUGUUCACCUUGAUGAUAUCUAAGUCAAGUUCGAAACUGGGUCAUGUGACCUCAAAAACUAGGUCAGUAGGUCUAAAAAUAGAAAAACCUUGUGACCUCUCUAGAGGCCAUAUAUUUCACAAGAUCUUCAUGAAAAUUAGUCAGAACGUUCUACUUGAUGAUAUCUAGAUCAAGUUUGAAGCGGGGUCACGUGUUGUCAAAAACUAGGUCAGUAGGUCAAAUAAUAGAAAAACCUUGUGACCUCUCUAAAGGCCGUAUUUUUCAUUGGAUCUGUAUGAAAGUUGGUCUGAAUAUUCAUCUUGAUGAUAUCUAGGUCAAGUUCGAAACUGGGUCACAUGCGAUCAAAAACUAGGUCAGUAGGUCUAAAAAUAGAAAAACCUUGUGACCUCUCUAGAGGCCAUAUAUUUUAUGAGAUCUUCAUGAAAAUUGGUCAGAAUGUUCAUCUUGAUGAUAUCUAGGUCAAGUUCGAAAGAGGGUCACGUGCCUUAAAAAACUAGGUCAGUAGGUCAAAUAAUAGAGAAACCUUGUGACCUCUCUAAAGGCCAUACUUUUCAUGGGAUCUGUAUGAAAAAGUUGGUCUGAAUGUUCAUCUUGAUAAUAUCUAGGUCAGGUUCGAAACUGGGUCAUGUGCGGUCAAAAACCAGGUCAGUAGGUCUAAAAAUAGACAAACCUUGUGACCUCUCUAGAGGCCAUACUUUUCAUGGGAUCUGUAUGAAAGUUGGUCUGAGUGUUUAUCUUGAUGAUAUCUAGGCCAAGUUCGAAACAGGGUCAUGUGUGGUCAAAAACUAGGUCAGUAGGUCUAAAAAUAGAAAAACCUUGUGACCUCUCUAGAGGCCAUACUUGUGAAUGGAUCUCCAUAAAAAUUAGUCUAAAUGUUCAUCUUGAUGAUAUCUAGGUCAAGUUUGAAACUGGGUCACGUGCCUUAAAAAACUAGGUCAGUAGGUCAGAUAAUAAAAAAACCUUGUGACCUCUCUAGAGGCUAUCCUUUUCAUGGGAUCUGUAUGAAACUUGGUCUGAAUGUUUAUCUUAAUGAUAUCUAGGUCAGGUUUGAAACUGGGUCAACUGCAAUCAAAGACUAGGUCGGUAGGUCUAAAAUUAUUAAAAUCUUUUGACCUCACUAGAGGCCAUAUUUUUCAAUGGAUCUUCAUGAAAAUUGAUCUGAAUGUUCACCUUGAUGAUAUCUAGGUCAGUUUCGAAACUGGGUCACAUGCGGUCAAAAACUAGGCCAGUAGGUAUAAAAAUAGAAAAACCUUGUGACCUCUCUAGAGGCCAUAUUUUUCAUGAGAUCUUCAUGAAAAUUAGUGAGAAUGUUCAGCUUGAUGAUAUCUAGGUAAAGUUAAAAACGUACCUUCGAAAACUAGGUCAAUAGGUCAAAUUAUAGAAAAACCUUGUGAUCUCUCUAGAGACCAUAUUUUUCAAUGGAUCUUCAUGAAAAUUGGUCAGAAUUUUAUCUUGAUAAUAUCUAGGUCAAGUUCAAAACUGGGUCACAUAAGCUCAAAAACUAGGUCACAAUGUCAAAUAAUAGAGAAAACGACAUCAUACUCAAAACUGGGUCAUGUGGGAAGAGGUGAGCCAGUCAGGACCAUCAUGGUCCUCUUGUUUAUAUAGUUGUAACAAUCUACUGAAAGUUGCUUGAAAUAUUUAAUGAAGUUGCUCACCACACAAAUAUCUACAUGUUUAAAACUUCACAUUGAGAUUUUUAAAGUAGGGUUUGAAAAUACACAAUCAUGUGAAAAUUUCAAUGUUCCGAAUUUUGACAUCUCAAAAUUUUAAUACAUGAUAGAAAUAAACCCACAAACUCUACCUCUCUGUUCUUUUAACAGUAAUAACUUAAGUAAUAAAAGCACACACAACAAUGAACUUAUGUUAUCUUUCCUAUAUAUAUAUUUGUUGUGGUUGAAAAAUGUAAUAGGAGUCAUUAUUUUUGUUCGACUAGGACAAUUUCAGAUGUUUGUUUUCAGUAAGAGAAGCGUUUGCACAUCUGCAACCCAAUUUGGUUUUCUAUUUUUAUAGCACACUUGUUCACUGUGAUGAUGUGACAUGCAGUGAUCAGGUGCUAUAAAUACUUCGCAUUUCUACAAAGCAGUGCCCCUUUUUCAACUUAGCGGAUUUAUGAAAAGUUCUUGUAUGUAAGGAAGUAUCUCAAUAAACUGCUUGUGGAAACUGAUUGAAACUUCACAUGCUUGUUCACUGAGAUUAACUGACAUGCAGUGCUCAGAUUCCAUAACCCUUGUUCACAAAGAAAUGCUCCUUUUUGAUUAUCAUAAGACUUUGUCAGAAUGUUUGUCUUAAUGACAUUAAGGACAAGAACAAAUUGAGUUACAUAAGAUAAAAAACUAGGUCACUAGGUUAAAUCAUAGAGAAAAACCUUGUCAACACUCGGAGGCCACAUGGUCUACCCUAUCAUCAUGAAUCUUUGUCAGCAUGUUUAUCCUUAUAAUGUCUAGGUCAGAUGUGAAGGUUGGUAAGCGGAGGUGAAAAAAUAGGUCAAGUCAUAGAAAAACUUCAUAAACAUUCUAAAGGCCAUUAUGUUUUCCAUUUCAUCAUCACAUAUAUUUUUAGCUUGACUAUUCAAAGAAUAGUAGAGCUAUUGGACUCACCCGUGCUUCUGCAUCGGCGUCCCGAUUUGGUUAAGUUUUUGUAUGUAAGCUGGUAUCUCAGAAACCACUAAUGGGAAUGGAUUGAAACUUCACACACUUGUUCACUGUAAUAAACUGACUUAUACUGCACAGAUUCCCUAACUCUAUUUUGCUUUUUACAAAAUAUGCCCCUUUUUCCACUUAGAAAUUUUUGGUUAUUCACUGUCUUGAUUUGAUGUGCACUAUGCAGGUCCCAUAACUCAACUUUGCAUUUUUUCAAAAUUAUUCCCCUUUUCGACUUGGCAGUAUUUGGUUAAGUUUUUGUAUGUAAGCUGGUAUCUCAGUAUCCACUAAUGGGAAAGGAUUGAAACUUCACACACUUGUUCACUGUCACUCUACUUUGCAUUUUUAGCUCGACUAUUCGAAGAAUAGGGGAGCUAUCUUGCUCGCCCCGGUGUCGGCGUGAGCGUGGGCGUCACACAAAUGUUAAAGUUUGCGUACCACCCCAAAUAUUUUCAAAGUCCAUUGAGCUGUUGCUUUCAUAUUUUGCAUACUUAUUUACCAUCAUGACCCCAGUCUGUAAAAAGGAGGAGGCAACUCUAUCAAGCAUUUUGACUGAAUUAUGGCCCCUUUUUGACUUAGAAUAAAUGUUAAAGUUUGUGUACCACCCCAAAUAUUUUCAAAGUCCAUUGAGAUAUUGCUUUCAUAUUUUGCAUACUUGUUUACCAUCAUGACCCCAGUCUGUAAAAAGGAGGAGGCAACUCUAUCAAGCAUUUUGACUGAAUUAUGGCCCCUUUUCGACUUAGAAUAAAUGUUAAAGUUUGCGUACCACCCCAAAUAUUUUCAAAGUCCAUUGAGAUAUUGCUUUCAUAUUUUGCAUACUUGUUUACCAUCAUGAUCCCAGUCUGUAAAAAGGAGGAGGCAACUCUAUUAAGCAUUUUGACUGAAUUAUGGCCCCUUUUCGACUGAGAAUAUGCUUAUUGUAAUGUUAAAGUUUUACUCAUUGCUGAAAUUAUACUAUCAAGCACUGAGAAUAGUCGAGCGCGCUGUCCACAGACAGCUCUUGUUUCAAAAUUAUGCCCCUUUUACAACUUAGCAGUUUUUGGUUGAAUUCUUAUAUGUAAGCUGGUAUCUCAGUACCAACUAAUGGGAAUGGAUUGAAACUCCACACACUUGUCCACUGUUGUGAGCUGAUAAGCACUGUGCAGGUUCCAUAACCCUAUUUUGCAUUUUUACAAAAUUAUGCCCCUUUUUUGACUUUUGUAUUCAUUCAUUUGACAAGGCUGUUGAAUAGUCGAGCGUUGCUGGCCUACGACAGCUCUUGUUCAUAAUCAUUAAUGUCACUCUGUAUGAAAUAUAGGUCAAGGUAAAAUUAAUUGAGAUAAAAAAGGGUUACUUGGUCAAAUCAUAGAAAACCCUUGUUAACACCCUGCAAGCCACAUUUUCAACUUCAGUAUCAUAAAUCUUUGUAGGAAUACUGGUCUGUAUGAACUCUAGAUAAAGUUUAAAAUAUGCGAUACCUGAGAUCAAAAUCCAAGUCACUUUAAAGUCAAAUCAUAGAAUAUCCUUGUUAACUCCCUAGAGACCACACUUUCUGUUUGAUACACAUAAAACUUUGUAGGAAUGUUUUGUUGUUUCUUUCUAGAAAAUCUAGGUCAAUGUUGAAACUGCAUAAUCUAUGUCAAAUCAAGGGGCCACUUUUUCCUGUAUGGCAGUAACUAUAUAGAAAAUGAAAUUUUUUUAAAAAUUCUUCCUCAGAAGUUAAGGCCUAAUUUUUUAGAUACAAUUCAAAUUGAAAUAUGCGUUAUUUAGGUGACCAUGUGUGAAAAUUGUUCAGUCCAGCUUUGAAACUCGGGUGAUAAAUCUAGGGCAUCACAGCCAUAUUGUCUGAUGUCAAGCAGUUGGUGCACUGGUUAGACUUUUGGAUUUAUUCAUUUAAUUUUUUUAGUGGCAAGGCUUUUGAAUAGUCCAAAAUUGCUAUUCUCCAACAGCUCUUAUUGUACUACGGCUUUUCAUCUUCUUUAUUUUUUUUAAUUUAUUGAUGUUUUUGUUUAUUUGAUAUUGAUAAUUUGUGCUUAAAUUGUUUAGAGAAAUGCUAUUUUGUUCAUUUUAGACCAAUUUUAAACUAAUUUCUAGAAUGAGGUCAAGCUAAAUUUGCUGCAUAUUUACUGUGAAGUUUCAUGUUAUUGUUAGGUUCUGUAUAUAGACAGUUUUAUCCUUAAAUACUCCACAACCUGCUAUCUUCUCUAUUCAUGUAUGCCACGAUAUAAAGUCAUCUUUCACUACCUCCGCUAUACAUUUUUCCUGAUUUUUCCAAAUAGCAGUUAAAAAUGACAAGAAAAUCAACAUUGAUGUAUCUAUAUAUGAGCCGCGCCAUGAGAAAACCAACAUAGUGCGUUUGCGACCAGCAUGGAUCCAGAUCAGCCUGCACAUAUGCACAGUCUGGUCAGGUUCAAUGCUGUUCGCUUUCAAAGCCUAUUGCAAUUAAAGAAACUGUCAGCGAACAGCAUGGAUCCUGACCAGACUGCACGGAUGUGCAGGCUGGUCUGGAUCCAUGCUGGUCACAAACGCACUAUGUUGGUUUUCUCAUGUUGCGGCUCAUAUAUGUAUGGCCAAAAUAGCCUAUAGUUUCGGACAGGAUUUUAACAGAUUUUCACUAUUUGAUAACAGUUUCCAUCUUAAAAUCUAUUGGGUAUUUUUAUUUACACACUUCUAAAUCAACAGACAGUUGUGUAAAGUAGUUGUUCCUUGUUCUGUUAGUUUGGUCUCAGCACAAUAGAUUCAUCAGUAAUGUCAAAUGAAUGUUCUUGUUCUUUCAUAAAUAUUAGUUAAGAAAAUUAUGGCCAAUAGGUGUCCCAAACUGUCUUAUACAUAGCUGUUAGUAAUCCAAUCAGAUUUUCCUGAAAACAAAUGAUCAUAUACAAAAAUUUAUCAUAAUUGAAAACAAAAGUACACUGAAUAGGGCUAUGUAUUAUUUUUAACACUUUACAUAGUCAAUUUUAAGACCUUGGUAUCAGUCGAAAGUUUCCCAUAUUGUAAAUAGUUCCCUUCAGGCAUGAUUGCAAACGCGCUAUGUUAUAGGUGGUAAAAUUUGUAUAUACAUGUAUAUAUAUGUGUUGAAUUUUUAAAGCCAGGUGCUAUGAUUUUUAAGCAAGAUGGUGCAAUACAAAUGAGCCGCACCAUGAGAAAACCAACAUAGUGCAUUUGCGACCAGCAUGGGUUCAGACCAGCCUGCGCAUCGGCGCAGUCUGGUCAAGAUCCAUGCUGUUCGCUAACGGUUUCUCUAAUUGCAAUAGGCUUUGAAAGCGAACAGCAUGGAUCCUGACCAGACUGCGUGGAUGCAUGAACCCAUGCUGGUCGCAAAUGCACUAUGUUGAUAUACAUAAAACUUUGUAAGAAUGUUUUGUUGUUUUUUUUUUUCUAGAAAAUCUAGGUCAAUGUUGAAACUGCAUAAUAAGAUCCAUGCUGGUCGCAAACACACUGUGUUGGUUUUCUCAUGGUGUGGCUCAAAUGAUAAAUUUGAAGAAAUACUCUUUUCUUCAUAUAAUCAUGUUCUCUGUUUGAAAUUGUGCAACUCCAAAUAUAACCAGGAAAAUCAGCAGGUAUGCAAAACAUUUCCUGAUUUAGAGGAGCUAUCAUGGUUUUUGUUGGUGUGUCUUUUGUUGAGAUUUUUAUUUAUUAGUGAGGAUUUUUACUAGUGUACUGGCAUUUUAUUUUAUGUACAUAUACUGGUUAAUAGUGUGACUUUGCAUCACAUAGUUUCCCCAUAUUGUUAGAACAAACUAUCUUUGUCUUGAUUAAAACAUGAUCAAUGGUUUUUUUUUAUUUGAUAGAUAUAUUUCACCUUUUGAGUUAUUAAUGGAUUAGGCGGUCUCCUUGGCCGAGUGGUUAAGGUCGCUGACUUCAAAUCACUUGCCCCUCAUCGAUGUGGGUUUGAGCCUCACUCGGGGCAUUGAAUUCUUCAUGUGAGGAAGCCAUCCAGCUGGCCUAUGGAAGGUCGGUGGUUCUACCCAGGUGCCCGCUCGUGAUAAAAUAAUGCACGGAGGGGCACCUGGGGUCUUCCUCCACCAUUAAAGUUGGAAAGUCGCCAUAUGACCUAUCAUGUGUCGGUGCGACGUUAAAUCUACAAAAAAAAAAAAAAUUAAUGGAUUAAGUACAUAUAGUGCAAUGUAAAACCAAAGUACGAGUUUUGAAGGGGCCACAGUGGCUGAGUGGUUAAGUUCACUGACUUUGAAUCACUGUGGGUUUGAAACCUAGCUCGAUAGGUAUUAUUCUUCAUAUGAGGAAGCCAUCCAGCUAGCUUACAAAAGGUUGGUGUUUCUACCUAGGAGCCAACCCAUGCCUGAAACAAUGACCUAAGGGGCUGCUGGGGUCUUCCUCCACCAUCAAAAGCUGGAGAAAUCUCAAUAUGGCCUAAAUUGUGUUUGUCUGACUCUAAACCCAACAAAAAAUGUGUUUUAAAACAUAAUGAAAUUCCUGCAUGUGGAUUUUUUUAGCUCACCUGAGCAAUGCUCAGGUGAGUUUUUCUGAUCACUCGAUGUCCGGCAUCUGUCUGUCGUCUGUCCGUCAACAUUUAGCUUGUGUAUGCGAUAGAGGCUGUAUUUUUCAACUGAUCUUCAUGAAUAUUGGUCAGAAUGAUAACCUUGAUGGAAUCUAGGCCGAGUUCGAAAAUGAGUCAUCUCAGGUCAAAAACUAGGUCACUAGGUCAAAUCAAAGAAAAACCUUGUGUAUGUGAUAGAGGCUGUAUUUUUCAAUUAAUCUUCAUGAAUAUUGGUCAGAAUGAUAACCUUGAUGAAAUCUAGGCCGAGUUCGAAAAUGGGUCAUCUAGGGUCAAAAACUAGGGCACUAGGUCAAAUCAAAGAAAAACCUUGUGUAUGCGAUAGAGGCUGUAUUUUUCAAUUGAUCUUCAUGAAUAUUGGUCAGAAUGAUUGCCUUGAUGAAAUCUAAAGGCAGAGUUCGAAAAUGGGUCAUCUCGGGUCAAAAACUAGGUCACUAGGUCAAAUCAAAGAAAAACCUUGUGUAUGCAAUAGAGGCUAUAUUUUCAAUUAUUCUUCAUGAAUAUUCGUCAGAAUGAUAACCUUGAUGAAAUCUAGGCCCAUUUUGAAAAUGGGUCAUCUCAGAUCAAAAACUAGGUCACUAGGUCAAAUCAAAGAAAAACCUUGUGUAUGCGAUAGAGGCUGUAUUUUUCAAUUGAUUUUCAUGAAUUUUGGUCAGAAUAAUUGCCUUGAUGAAGUCUAGGCCGAGUUCGAAAAUGGGUCAUCUGGGAUCAAAAACUAUGUCACUAGGUCAAAUCAAGGAAAAACCUUGUGUAUGCGAUAGAGGCGGUAUUUUUCAAUUGAUCUUCAUGAAUUUUGGUCAGAAUGAUUACCUUGAUAAAAUCUAGGCCGAGGUCGAAAAUGGGUCAUCUGGGGUCAAAAACUACGUCACUAGGUCAAAUCAAGGAAAAACCUUGUGUAUGCGAUAGAGGCUGUAUUUUUCAACUGAUCUUCAUGAAAUUUAGCCAGAAUGAUUACCUUGAUAAAAUCUAGGCAGAGUUCGAAAAUGGGUCAUCUGGGGUCAAAAACUAGGUCACUAGGUCAAAUCGAAGAAAAACAUUGUGUAUGCAAUAGAGGAUGUAGUUUUCAAUUGAUCUUCAUGAAAUUUGGUCAGAGUGAUUGCCUUGAUGAAAUCUAGGUCGAGUUUGAAUAUGGGUUAUCUGAGGUCAAAAACUAGGUCACUAGGUCAAAUUAAAGAAAAAUUUUGUGUAUGCGAUAGAGACUGUUUUUUUCAAUUGAUUUUUAUGAAAUUUGGUCAGGAUGAUUGCCUUAAUGAAAUCUAGGUCGAAUUUGAAUAUGGGUCAUCUGAGGUCAAAAACUAGGUCACUUGGUCAAAUCAAAGAAAAAACUUGUGUAUGUGAUAGAGGCUGUAUUUUUCAAUUGAUCUUCAUGAAUUUUGGUCAGAAUGAUUGCCUUGAUAAAAUCUAGGUCGAGUUUGAACAUGGGUCAUCUAGGGUCAAAAACUAGGUCAUAUCUAAGAAAAUGCUUGUUUUAUCGCAAGAGACCAAUUUUUUGGUCCAAUCAUAAUGAAAAUUGGUCAGAAUAUUUGUUUCCAUGAAAUCACUAGGUCAAACAUGUUUUACACUGUUAUGGUGUGUUUCUCAGGUGAGUGACCUAGGGCCAUCUUGGCCUUCUUGUUUUUUAUACUUGCAUAAAUCCUGGGAUUUAUUGUAGUUUCUAGUUCAUCCAAUCAUACUGGAUAGCUUUGUAUAGCUAGGUCUGUACUGAAGAACAGACAUGUAUAAGUAAAUAGUGCUUUGUAAAUGUUCAUAAGGGACAGGAAGUGAUAAUUUUAUAUAUAUGUAGUCCUUUGCAUAAAACUUGCACUUGAGAUAAAAUGCUUAAUGUAGAAAGUGCCAAUGAAAAAGAAGUAGUUGUUUUUGUUAUUCUGUUAAACACAGAAAUAUAUAUUGUUAUUAUAGUCAUAAUUUAUUUUACCAGAAUAAAUGUUUGCAAGAAA